AGUACAGAGAAGAAGUAAAGUAAAGCCAUCAACGUCUCCAGAGUCCGGCCGACAGUCGACCUACGAAGCUCUUUCCGGUCGGAGUUCGGCUUCUUCUUCUUCUUUUUCUUCAAGCUCAAGUUCUCUGGGUGGAGCUAAGUGAUGGCGAUUUUGAUUCCUAGUCGUUUGCCAGUUCUGGUUUUGGCGACGCUAUCUCCGGUCCUGUGUCCUCCUUCUUUGGCUGUUGCGAACGGGUUUCGCUUGUAGUGCUGCUUCGUGUUUAGCUCUUAUGCUGAAUUUGGAGUGUGAUUUCGCCGUUGGUUUGUUGGAAUCUCGCAGAUCUGACGCGUCGAGGUUGAAUCAACGGCGUCGGUGAUGUCGGUUUUAGCUGUUUUGAAUACUGGAAGAACAUCACAAAAGGUCCGGUCUGUUUUGUUGAAACUUGUUUUUGCUCUAUGUUAUGCAAUUUAUGUUACCGAUGCCAGCUUGCCCAAUAGUCUAGUCAAGGCACCAACACUAUAUACCGCUAGUACACCUCAGGCUGCAGUGCCAAUUAAUCCCCCACAGUUUCAUAGAUCAUAUCAGAGGCAUUACUCACCGCAUACAGUAGCACCGGCCCAACCUCCUUUUUAUGGUCCAUUAGUAACUUCUAGUCAUCCCCCAACAAGCCAGCGUUUGUCAAAACCAUUGAAAAAGAGGAAUGCUUUAGUGCCUCCCAUUGCUGGUUUGGCAAAUAUUGCCCCAACUCAGUCUGGUCCUGGUGCAAUUCCUGCAGGGUUAGCUCAACCACCAUUAUCUCCAGAUGCCUAUGAUUGUUGCAAGCCAGGCGCAGUUUUGAGACCAGGGAGUGAUGAUUGCCAUUGUGUUUAUCCCAUAAAGAUCGAUCUUCUCCUUUUAAAUGUCUCACAAAAUCCAGAUUGGAAUUUUUUUCUAAAUCAAUUAGCUUUCCAGCUUGGUUUGCAAGUUUCUCAAAUUGUGAUGAUUAAUUUUUACGUCCUCAGCUUAUCAAGAUUAAAUAUUUCAAUGGAUAUUAUUCCAUAUGUGGGAAUUGGUUUCUCAGACAGCGAUGCAUCUGAAAUAAAUGCUACACUUGCCACACAUAGGGUUCAUUUUGACCCAAAAGCUAUCGGCGAUUAUAAACUCCUGAAUCUUACCUGGUUUGCACCACCUGCACCUUCUCAAGCUCCUGUUGUAGCUCCCGAGCCGGUAGAGGCACCAGCAAAUCAACCCUCAACUUCCAUACCACUCCAUGCUCCAAAGAAAGAAAAUCACUCCAACAUGAUUCUUAUUUUUGGCAUCUCUGCUGGCUUACUGAUUGUCGCCUUUAUGUCUGUGCUUAUAAUUUGUUCAUGCAUAUUGCGUGAGAGAAGGGGAAAAACUAAAGCAACUUCUGAGGAAACUGUGAAGCCAAGAACUGCAGAUGCGGUAUCAACAGCAGGAUCUCUUCCCCACCCAAGCAGUACAAGAUUUAUAGCAUAUGAAGAACUUAAAGAGGCAACAAACAACUUUGAACCUGCAAGCAUUCUUGGGGAGGGUGGGUUUGGCAGAGUAUUCAAGGGUGUUUUAAGUGAUGGCACAGCUGUAGCAAUUAAGAGGCUAAGUAGUGGAGGGCAGCAAGGAGAUAAAGAGUUUUUGGUGGAGGUUGAGAUGCUUAGCAGGUUGCAUCACCGUAAUCUUGUGAAACUUGUAGGUUAUUAUAGCAAUCGUGACUCUUCACAGAAUCUACUUUGUUAUGAGCUUGUUCCAAAUGGAAGUUUAGAGGCCUGGCUCCAUGGUCCCCUGGGAGUAAAUUGUCCUUUGGAUUGGGAUACAAGAAUGAAGAUUGCCCUUGAUGCAGCAAGAGGACUUGCUUACUUGCAUGAGGACUCACAGCCUUGUGUUAUCCAUAGAGAUUUCAAAGCAUCAAAUAUAUUGCUUGAGAAUAACUUCCAUGCAAAAGUUGCUGAUUUUGGCCUUGCCAAACAAGCACCCGAUGGCAGAACAAAUUACCUGUCUACUCGUGUUAUGGGCACCUUUGGGUAUGUGGCCCCUGAGUAUGCUAUGACUGGACAUCUACUAGUAAAGAGUGAUGUUUACAGCUAUGGAGUUGUUCUCCUUGAGUUGCUGACUGGAAGGAAGCCUGUCGAUAUGUCACAACCAUCCGGACAAGAGAACCUUGUCGCUUGGGCAAGGCCAAUUCUAAGAGACAAAGAUCGGCUAGAAGAUCUUGCUGAUCCAAGGCUUGGAGGAAAGUACCCAAAGGAAGAUUUUGUACGGGUAUGCACAAUUGCAGCUGCAUGUGUUGCUCCCGAAGCAAGCCAGAGGCCCACAAUGGGAGAAGUGGUACAGUCACUGAAAAUGGUUCAGCGUGUCACAGAAUAUCAGGAUUCCACGUUACCCUAUUCCAAUGCCCAUCCCAACAUGAGACAGUCAUCUACCACUUUUGAGUCCGAUGGGACGUCCUCUAUGUUCUCUUCUGGUCCUUACUCUGGCCUAAGUGCCUUUGACAACGACAACAUUUCACGUACUGCAACUGCCUCGGAGGAUCUUCAUGAAGGACGAUGAGCAACCCUUAAGAAGUAAGUUAACCAGAAGGUAAUGCAACAGUUUGAGGAAUAUUCUCAUUGAUGAUGUUUAGCUUGGAACAGGAUCGGUUUUUAAGAAAUGUCAUUGUUUUCUCUAGUUUGAUGGGUGGGGAAUGUGUGCUUUUCACUGUCCCUAUUUAGAGAACCCCAGUUAAGUUUUCCCCUACACAGUGGAUCUCUACAUGGUGAAUCAAAUUUUGUACAUAUACCAAGCACAUUGUAUUGUUUUCAGGUUCAUAUUUAAUCUGUUUCCUUUUUUUCUUUUUUCUUUUUUUUUUUUAAUUUACUGAAGAUUUACCCAUUUGUCUGUCUUUUCUCAAUUAACUAUAAUGUCCAUU